AUGGAGGAGACCAUCACAACAGACCUCUCUCUGAGCUACAUGACUUCUGGAUAUGUGGACUAUUGGGAAAAUAUCAAAUAUGAAUGCUUAAGAAUAUCUUAUGGAUUGGUGGUCUUUGCAGGUGUCUGUAUGGGGAUUUCCCUCUGUGGUCUUGUAGGAAAUGGGACAGUGAUGUGGUUCCUGGGCUUCCACAUGAAGCAGAACCCUUUCACUGUCUACUUCCUAAAUCUAGCUGUUGCUGACUUCUCUCUGCUUCUCCUGUUUUUGAUGCUCUUAUUGGCAUUUUUGAGCUUAACAGCAAAUUGUUCUUAUUUGUAUAAUUUUAUUCCUUUCUACAUAGAUUUUGUAUUUGCAGUUGAACUUCUGUGCCACUUCUUUGAUCUGAGCAGCCUGGGUCUCCUGACAGCAAUCAGCAUGGAGCGGUGUAUGUCUGUCCUCUUCCCAAUCUGGUAUCGCUGCCAUCGCCCAAAGUACUUAUCAGGUGUUGUGAGUGGGGUGCUCUGGGCGCUCUCUGGAUUUUUUGUUUCCUCAAUGUAUCUUAGCCUUAUCUUUGCUGAAAGCUAUGAGACGAUAUUUGCAGGUGUAGCCAUUGCAUUUUCCAUGAUAUUGUCAUCAAUGAUGUUGGUUUCCAACCUUUCCCUGUUCAUCAAGCUCCAGUGUGGCUCACAGAGACGGCACCCAGGGAAAAUCUAUGUUGUUGUCCUGCUCAGUGUGGUCUUCUUCUUUGCCCUUGGUAUUCCUUUCAGUGUAGAGGUUUUCCUCAAUCUUCCAAGUUCACACAACUUAUUCCCUGAAAACACAACUUUUCUGCUGGCAUUGCUGAACUGCAGCAUCAAUCCAGUCAUUUAUUUCCUGGUGGGGAGCUGCUGGCAGUGCCGGUUCCAAGGCUCCAUGAAAGCUGCAUUCCACCGAGUGUUUGAAGAGAAAGUGAUGACCAAGGAGGACAGCCACGUGCCUGGGGACACUGUGGUGACCACUCUAUAA